CACAUUUAUUAUUCAGUCACUCAGAGAUAAGAAACAUUGUCAACAAGUGUUUACACUAAUAAUAUCUGUCGUAGUGGUUGCAAGUCAUUCGAAGAAAGAGUACGUACAAAAACACAAAAAAUGUCUUCAACCGGUUGUGGCGAUGAAUCUAAAAGACGUGUAUUAUCCAUACAAAGUCAUGUCGUCCAUGGCUACGUGGGGAAUAAAAGUGCAACAUUCCCUUUGCAAGUUUUAGGCUUUGAGGUGGAUGCUAUUAAUUCUGUACAGUUUUCCAAUCAUACUGGCUAUAAAGUAGUUAAGGGACAAGUGCUGCAAGAAAAGGAACUAGAUGACCUUUUUCAAGGUCUAGAUAGCAACGAUCUUUUGAAAUGUUACUCACAUUUAUUAACUGGCUAUAUUGGAAAUGCCUCGUUUUUAAGACAAGUAGCAAAAAUUGUCACAAAAUUGAGAGCAACUGAACCAAAUUUAAUAUACGUUUGUGAUCCGGUUAUGGGCGAUAACGGAGAAAUGUAUGUACCUAAAGAUUUACUGCCUAUUUAUCGUGAGGAAAUAAUUCCUCUGGCUGAUAUUAUAACACCCAACCAAUAUGAAGUUGAACUAUUAACCGAAAUGAAAAUAACAAAUGAAGCUGAUAUAUGGAAUGCAGUGCAAUGGUUCCAUGACAGAGGCAUUGAUACCGUGGUCAUUUCAAGCAGUGACUUAGGCAAAGAUGGCGAACUUCGUGCUUUUCUCAGCAAACGCAAUGGUUCUCGCUAUGCACUAAAUAUUCCAAAGCAAGGCACUAAUAUAUCAUUUACUGGAACUGGGGAUUUGUUUGCUUCACUCUUUUUGGCUCACAGUCAUCAGACAACGAAUUUGGGUUUAGCACUUGAGCGAACCAUCGCUUCAUUACAAGCCGUUAUUAAACGCACUAUAGACACAAUGCCAGCAGAAGUUCGCGAUGGCAGACGCAAAGUAACCUCAUAUGAACGCGAAUUAAAAUUGAUACAAAGUAAACAAGAAUUGGAAAAUCCCCAAAUAGUUUUACAUGCUGAACAAAUUAAUUGAGAUUUAAAGCAUUUAUGAAAAGUAUUAUUAACUCUGUUGAAUGUUAUGUUUUAUCUUCUUAUCAAAAACAGUUGACAAUAAUUAGGUGGCUAUAUUUACACUACAAUUAUAUGAUACACUAAUCAAAAAAAUAUAUAACAAUAAAUAAAAAAAGUUUAAGUUUAUCAAA